AUGUUAAAUAAAGCUAGACUGCUUAAAGGAGUCGUUUCAGAUAAAACACAUUCCGACACAGAACCUGGCCCCCACCUGAAACAACCCCUAGCUAAUAGCAGUCACUCUUCCAACGCUUCAAGAGCUUUUUCACCUAUUAGUCACUCUAGCGGAAGUGAACCUGUUGCUGCUGCUUACGCCAGAAAAUACAACUUCAACGGCCCUAGAGAAGCUAAUUCAACCCUUGAUAACUUAGACCACCGAACCUUGGCCAAACCCCAUGACCCGCUGCAAGCGGGUCUUGAACAAGCUCCAAUGUCCCGACUGCAGCACCCCCAGCUGAUGAUUAAUUCCUCGGACAUGGCAGUCGGUACAUCCAAUUCGCUAAUCCCAUUUGAGAUCGAGACCAAGAAGGUGCCGAUUGUGCUAACAAUAGAGGAUACCCAGUUUCUCCUUUUGCUGCUUAGUGAAGACCAGAUGGUCCAGUUCGAACGCUUGGUUCCGUUGAUGGCAUUGUUUGAAAACACCAGUCUUUUGGAAAGCUCGAUUGGCGAGUUGUUUGAAAUCAUCCGCACUGACGACGACUUGGUCGAGCUCCAUAAUUACACCAAGAUGGACGAGUUGGUGUUGACAAUCCCCGAGCUUAAUGGUAUCAAGAUCUCUGAAGACAACAUUUAUACCCGGAACAUUUUAAUUAAUGACUUCACCAAAAUGUUCAAUGCAUUAACCUACAAGACGGCCAGCGAAGAUUUGAAUUUCAGCCAUUUAAAUUUUAGCAUCUCCGUGCAACCUCGAUUUAUCACCGACUUCAAUGCCCUUAACGAUUCGAUUCGACGUGGUCAUGGUUUUGAAAGUGUACACAGCAACCGUUUCGCCAGACGCCGUAGGCAUAGCAGUGAUGCUGGCAGCAAUAAAAAUGCCAAUGUGAAUGACUCUAAUGACGACAAUAAAUUCAAAAAAGCAAGAAUAGAUGGUGAAUAG